CAAAAUUCCAAGCGUCUUUGAGCAUAUCCGCAUUGGGGCACGUGUGCGCUUGGCACACAAGCUCGAGGUCCAAAGAGGCUCUGCUUCGGUGCACCUGUGCUGGAGCUACGCUGAACAGGCGUGAGCAAUGACCGACAUGAGCAGGGAGGAGAUUUGCUCGCAGCUGCGGCAGGCGCUGGAGCUGCGGCGCAAGUACUGCGCGCCGCUGCAGAAGCAGUCAUCCUUCCCUAGUUCCUCCGGGCUGGAGCUCAACUGGAAGGAUGGACUGAUGCAGGUGUGCGAGAAGAGCAGCGAAACACCGCUGCUUCAAGUUCCAAGCUUAGACGAGUACUACAGCGACAUGACUCAAUUAUUUCAGAUACGAUCAUCUGGGCCUGUGUCCAGCUACGCGUACCAGAGGUUGAGACUGCUGCAGACAAAGUUCGAGUUGUACACCAUGGUGUUUGGGGAUCAGGAGUCCCAGGAUGCCAUGGACACUGGGCAUCGUGAUUUCUACAAUGUGAGGAAAGUGGAUACCCACAUCCAUCACUCAGCUGCUAUGAAUGCAAAGCACCUGCUGCGCUUCAUGAAAAAGAAGUUGAAGCGCUUCCCCGAGGACAUCAUUGAUGAAAAGAAUGGAGAGAAGCGUACUCUCCAAAAGACCUUCGAUGACAUGGGCAUUGGCUGGACGGAUCUUUGCAUUGACAGGCUUCAAGUGUGGGCGGACAAAAGCUGCUUGCACCGCUUUGACCGCUUCAACAACAAGUACUCUCCCCUUGGGCAGAACGAGCUGCGCACGAUUUUCUUGAAGACGGACAAUGCCGUGGGUGGCCGCUACUUGGCAGAGCUGACGAAGGAGCUGAUCUGCGAUCUGGAGGAGUCCAAGUAUCAGCACGCCGAGUGGCGCCUCUCGAUCUACGGACGCAAGAAGUCUGAGUGGGACAACCUCAGCAAGUGGGUACUCGGUCGUGCUGGCAAAGGCACUGACAAGGCCCUGCUGUCACCCAACAUCAUGUGGAUGAUCCAAAUCCCGCGGCUGUUCGCAUUGUACAAAUCAACGAACCAGCUGAACAACUUUGGAGAGAUGCUGGAGAACAUUUUUACUCCCAUCUUCGAAGCCACAUUGUUUCCUGAGAAAUAUCCGGAUGUUGCUGAGUUCCUUCAGCACAUCAGCGGCUUUGAUACGGUGGACGACGAGAGUCGCUCCGAGCGGCCCGUGGACCGGACCUUCUCGUCCAAGAGCCGGGCGCCGCCGGAGUGGGACAUUGCGGACAAUCCGUCGUACAAGUACUACUCCUACUUCAUUCAGAGCAACCUGCGCUUGUUGAACAUGCUUCGGCAUCAGAAAGGUCUGAACACUUUUGCGUAUCGCCCACACGCCGGAGAGGCGGGAGAGGUCCAUCACUUGGACACCGCCUUCCUGCUAGCGGAUGGAGUUAAUCACGGGCUGAACUUGCGGAAGUCCAUGGGUCUGCAAUAUCUUUUCUACUUAGCGCAAAUCGGUCUGGCAAUGUCGCCGUGCUCCAACAACCAGCUGUUUUUGGCCUAUGAGAAGAGUCCCUUUCCCGUGUACUUCGCGAGGGGCCUGAACGUGUCCUUGUCAACCGAUGACCCGCUCAUGUUCCACCAAACCAAGGAGCCUCUGAUGGAGGAGUACAGCAUUGCGAAGCAAAUUUGGCACUUUACUUCCGUGGACCUUUGCGAGAUUGCCAGAAAUUCAGUGCUGCAGAGUGGCUUCCCUGACGAGAUCAAGGCGAGCUGGUUUGGAACUACGGACUUUGUGGACGAGAACAAGCCGCCAUCCACCAAUGUGCCAAACCUGCGGAUAGCCUACAGGAGGCGCACCUACAAGGAAGAGAUGAGCUUGCUUGAGGGCUGCGCAGACGCCGCUGGGGAUGUGGGAGCAAUGUGCAAUCUUUUGCUGCUCUCACCUUCUAAGCGGCUGGAAGAGUCAGAGCUGCCAAGCUUUGGUUUGGACUCUCCCAGAAUGCGUCCAUACCCGGCCUCUUUGCCAGUGCCCGGCGAGGAGAAUGCCCUCGAAGACCUGGGCAGUCUGCUGGACAGCUCUGUGCAGCAAGGCGGCCAAGCGGAUCUGGGCGAGCAGGUUGAUUGGGCAGUACAGCGGAACAAUCACGGUGGCUCGUGCACGAGCAUGAGCAAAAUGGCCUGCGAGGCCAUCCUGGAAGGACAAACGAGUCGCAAGAAGUCGUCCGAGUUGAUCAGCCACAAGGGUACAGCAGCUCUGCCGAACGAGCAGAGUGGGUUGAUGACCGAAAAGGCGAAGGAUGAGCUCCUGAAUCGAAUAACCGCCGAGAUCCGCCACACCCAGCCAAGUCGCGACUCUUUUUCGGCCGUAGGCCUUGCCGCUUUUCUGGGCUCUGUGGGCGGAUUUGCUGCUGCGUGGUUCAUGCAACACCAGUGAUGCAAUACUCCCCUUGUCGCCUAUCUGCGACCAGGGAGUGACUCCUCUUGCUGAUCGGGCUGGAGCUCCCAAGACAUGACACCCAUCAAAUGCCAAAGGGCUGAGCUUGGCACAUCGAUUUUGCGUGGCAUCGGUUGACUUGAGAGCUUCGGGAUGCUUCUUUUGCGCAGUUUCACUCUUGUUUGCCAGAGAUAAACGCGGUGAGUGCGGUCUUCUGCGGCUUGCGUACAGCCGCGAUGUGCCUACUCAACCUCAGGUUGGCAGCCAA